UGGACCCCCCCCCGUGCCAACCCCCCGCCCCGGUCCCCCGGUGCCAUGGUGGCCCCGCACCCCCCAGCCCCGCGGGACCUGCCCGGGCGCCUCGGGACGGGGGCUUUGCUCCGGGGUGGGGGCGAACCCCGGUACCGGCACCGGCACCGGCAGUGCCCCGCGGCGGGGGGGAGCGGGGGCACCGGGCCGGGGCUGCUGGGCGCCGCGGUCCCGCUCCGAGCCGUGCCGGGGGUCGGGCGGCAGCUCCAGCCGCGCUCCGCCGGGAGCGGGGCUGCUCCGCCGCUGCCCGCCGUCCUGCAGCGGGCACCGGACCCGCGCUGCCGAGCCAUGGCCGCGCCUCGGCAGCGGGAUGGGUAUGGUGGCACGGAGCUGGCAACGACGAUCGCAUGUGGCAUCGGGCCCCCGCCCAGCCUGCGCGGGGAGGGAAAGGUUGGACAAAGUGACUCCUGCUGCAAAUACCAGGGUGUCAGGGCACGUUAUCUCACGUCCUCCCUGAUGGAGCGUGAAGCGUGCAGGGACCUGUCAGCAAGCGUGCCGGGAAGCGUGCCGGGAUGCCUUUGCCUCCAUGCCCGUGCGGGAUGGGCACAGCAGCACGCCUUUUCCCAGCCAUGUGCCAGCCCCAGAGCUUGGCACGGCCACCCGCACACCCCUUCGCCGCACACCUUGGGCCUGGCCGGGGGUCCUGCCACCGCCUGGCACAGCUCUGUGAGGGGCUCGGGCGCUCCAGGUGCUCCUGGGGACAUUGGCUUCAUCCUGUACCCGGCACCUGCCGGCUUCUGCUCUCCCUCUCCCCUGGCAGGCUGGCUCUGCUCCCCAGCCCCACGGCACGUCCCCACAGCAUCAGCAAGAGCAUCCCCAUGCCCCACAGACACACGUGGUUUAUUCCCGGCUCUGCUGCCCCGGCAGGAGGUGUCCCUGCAGGCACCGGUGACGUUUGAGGACGUGGAGGUCCGGUUCUCAGCGGAGGAGUGGGAGCUGCUGGAGGAAUGGCAGCGGGCGCUGCACCGGGAGGUGACGGAGGGGACAUCCCAACUGCUGGCCUCCCUUGGGCCCCCCAGCAGCCCAGCCCUCGGCGCCCUGGUGCAGCUGGUGAAGGAGAUCCCCAAGUUUCUCUUCGGUGGCCCCAAGGCUGGCACGGAGCCGGGUGCCACCAGCAGCAGGGAUGCGGCAGCGGGCUCUGAGCAGACGGGCGCAGGUGUUAAAACGGAGGCACCGGUGGAGACCUGCCCACUCCGCAGCCUGGAGAAAUGCCUGGAGGAGCUGGUGAUGAGGGGGUCUGGCCAUCCUGCCACCCCCAGCCCCCCGGCGAGCGGCUCCCGUGCCCCUGGGGAGAGGCAGCGGGGAGAGCCCAGCGGUCACCAAUCUCUGCCUGGGAGAUGCUUGCUCAGAGGCCUGGCCACCCCUCCUGGCCCCUCGCUAGCCAAGUCACCGGCAGCCCCUGCCCACUGCUGCCCACAAUCUGGGGAUGGUGCUGGGCACCCCGGCUCUCUGAGCGGCAGCUCCUUCGCCAGCAGUGCCACCAGGGAGCCAGCAGCCCGGGCCGUGGCCUGGGGCUGGGAUGGUGGGCUGUGCCACAGCCCCACGCUGCCAGCUGCUGGGAGCGCGGGGCAGAGCCCCCUGCAAGGGCUGCUCGACUGCCUGCGGGACAUCGCCACCCCCAAGCCCAUCCCAGCCUGGCCGGCGGCUGCUGGCAGAAGACGGGGGGCCGCGGUGCCAGGCACUGGGGGCUGCAGUGUCUCCGCAGCAGGGGUGACAGCACCAGCGGUGCCCCCCCGCAGCCCCGCCAAAACGCGAGCGGUGGGGACACGCGGCACUGCCGUGCCAGGGGACACCCACCCUGCCCGCAGCACCCGGCCGCCCGCCUGUCCCCCCCGCCGCAGGGAUGGCGACCAAGAGACCCUUUGCAGAAGCGGAUGCCGUGUCCCCACCGGGGUCUGGCAUGCAUCCUGGCAGUUGCAGCGGGGUGAGCCUGCCCAAGAAGAGGUGCCCUGGAAUGAGCCCCCCAUCCCCACGGGAGGCCCCCGGUGAGGCCCAGGAUCCGUGGGCUGAAGUUGGCCGGGUCCGAGCCGUCCUGGUGGAGGAGCUGGAGCGGCUGUGCCGGGACCUGGGCUCGGUGUGCCGGGAAGCUCGGGGCGUGUGGAGCCGCCUAGAGUGGCUAGAGCGGGGCCAGGCACAGAAGAUGGCCGCCCUCGCCCGCGGCCACCGGCGCCUCCGCCAUGCCGUCCGGCGCCUGGAGGGACGGUGCUGGGCGCUGGAGACCCGCUCCCGGCCCAACAGCCUGC